GCCGCCGCUGUAACGACCUCCGCAGCGGCGCGCAGCUUUUGAAUGGGCCGGAAGAGGAAGUACAGCGACUUCCGGCAGUUGGGCUGUGAAGAGAAAGGAGCGUCGGGAAUGGCAACCAAGAGGCUUGCACGGCAGCUUGGAUUAAUUAGAAGAAAGUCAAUUGCACCGCCAAAUGGAAAUCUAGGAAGAAGCAAAUCUAAGCAGUUGUUUGACUACUUAAUUGUCAUUGAUUUUGAGUCGACUUGUUGGAAUGAUGGGAAACGCCACCGUAGCCAGGAAAUAAUUGAAUUUCCAGCUAUAUUGCUAAACACAUCAACUGGAGAGAUUGAAUCUGAGUUCCAUGCUUAUGUUCAUCCUCAGGAACAUCCAAUUCUUUCUGAAUUUUGCAUGGAACUAACAGGCAUAAAGCAGGCUCAAGUUGAUGAAGGAGUCCCUCUGAAGAUUUGCUUAUCUCAGUUCUGUAAAUGGAUUCAGAAGAUUCAGCAACAGAAGAAAAUUACUUUUGCUACUAGGGUUUCAGAUAUUUCUACUUCUGAAGUAAAAUUAUGUGCAUUUGUUACUUGGUCAGACUGGGACUUGGGAGUUUGCCUGGAGUAUGAGUGUAAAAGAAAACAGUUGUUAAAACCUGUGUUCCUUAAUUCUUGGAUUGAUCUCAGAGUAACUUACAAGAUUUUCUACAGGAGAAAACCAAAAGGACUAAGUGGUGCCCUGCAGGAAGUGGGAAUAGAAUUCUUGGGACGAGAACAUUUCGGGUUGGAUGAUUCUAGGAAUACUGCCCUUCUUGCUUGGAAAAUGAUCAGGGAUGGUUGCUUAAUGAAAAUUACAAGGUCCUUGAACAAGGUUCCCACUAAGAGGAAUCCUAACAUUUUCACCAGAAAUUUGAAUAUGGAUCAAGUUGAAGAAAUAUCAGCCUGCAACAGUAGCAUUCAUGAUCCCAGCAUAUAUGGUACGGAACCUAAAAAUACAAUAAAAUCCUACGAGAAAGUGCAAAUGAAGUCAGUUGAUGUGAAUUUUCCUAUAAAAGUACAGCAAGAUCAUUUACAACUAAAGGGCAAUGUAAAAGCAGGCUGUCAGAAUGUCAAAAGCUGUUUAUCUCUUUUUAAUACUGAGUCCAGGACCUCUCUGGGGCAGUUACAGUCUUCCAGUUUGAAUACACCUAUGCAGAAGCAAAUAAACCAACAUCUUGCAUUUAAUACCAAUUCUGAGUCUUCAACAGUUGGUUCAGAAUUGAUACUUGUUUCAACUACCAUUUCAUCUGUUAAUAAUGUCUCUGAUAUGGAAAUGAGUUCUGCUCUUGACAGUUUACCUAUGUUGGCUGAUUGGGAGGAUGUAGCUUUACUGCCAUCAUCUCAACCUGAGCAGAAUAUAUAUUGUAUGCCUCCUAUUAGUGACUCAAACUUAGACACUUCAUUUAAUUCUGGAGAAAGAUUAAUGGUUUUAGAAAAAUCUGAAAUGUUAAGUCAAGAAAAUUUUGGAGGCACAGAAGAAACUCCUCAAAAAUCUGAUACGUCUAAAUCUAUUGUAUAUAAGAGUCCACAUACUACUAUUUAUAAUAUAAAAGAAGCCAAAGAUCCAGGUUCAGAUGCUUUUGACUUUAAGUUACCUGAAUGUAAAUCAAGUAGCUUCAACAGUGUUAAUGCCAAUAUGUCUCAUCCUUUAGUUUUGGGGAAACUUCCUCUUCAUUUAGGUGGUGCUAAGAGGAAUCCAUCCAGUCCCCUACCUUUCCCACCAGCAAAAAAACAGACCUUCACUAUUCAUGAAGAAAAGCCUACAUCAUCUAAUGGCUCCCCAGGGGGAAGUUCUUCCAGGAAGGUUCUCCCUUCUAUCUUAACUUCUACAGUUAAUGUACAAGAUCCUUGGAAGGGUGGGAAAAUAACACCUCCUUUAUGCAAGUGUGGCCGAAGAUCUAAGAGACUUGUUGCUUCUAAUAAUGGACCGAACCAUGGAAAAGUCUUCUAUUGUUGUCCUAUUGGGAAGUACCAAGAAAAGAGAAAAUGUUGUGGUUAUUUCAAAUGGGAACAAACACUUCAAAAGGAAACAGCCAACAGCAUAGUUCUGUCUCAUUCCCCAGGGGGACACACUUUUAACUCUCCAGAAACAAGCCAUGUUUGUGACAGAAAUGUAGAUUUUUCUACUAAAAAUUCAUUGAGACUCAGACCUUCAAUGAGGAAUUGACUUUUUUUUACAUGUAAACUAUGUUUUUACCUCAAUGUGACUCUUACUACAGUAAAGAGAAAAAAAUUUGUAUAGGGCUACCAGUUGUGAGGACACAGUGUAUCUGAGCUCUGUAAGCUACACUGGGGCUAUUCAACACAUUCUCACACAUACACACACUGAAAAUAGAAAAAAGAAUUUCACAGGCUUCUAAUUUCAUUCACCAUUUAUCUAAUUUGUCUUCUGUUCAUGUAUGAAUCCUGAUUGCCCCUUGAAUUCCCACACAUUAUGAGUAUUCUGAUAAUGUCUUAUACUAUUUUAUUUAUAUUUCAUAUAUUAACCCAUGCCAAAUUUAUCAUACUUUUUUGAAGAGCCACAAAUGAAAUACUUGGUAAACUGUAUUUAUUAGAUUAAAUGUAAUAAGCAGCAAUACGAGUAUAUGAUAUUCUUGUUUCUUUUUAUUGAAUUAUAAUUGCCAUGCAAUAUUAUAUUGGUUUCAGGUGUACAACAUAUGAUACCCUUCUUUUGCAGUUAGACCUUGAAACAAAUUUUAAACUAUUUUUAAUUAUUUGAAUAAAAAUGUGACCAAUAAAAAUCACUAGACUGUUUUCAGGUAGAUGCUUUUGUACUUUGAGAAUUAUGAUAAUCUAAUAUUUUAAGUUUUUCUAAAAACUUUUAUAACUUAUUUAGUUUUAUUUCAACCCUUGAAAAUUGGUUCUGAUUUGUAUGUCAACAUAUCAGAAGAAUUAUUCAACUAAGGUUUGAAAUCCAACAGGUCAGAGAUUCGGUUCAGAAACGCUUCUGUACUGUAUGUUUAAAAGUUCCAUGGCAGCUGAUGGUAUUCUGUUUAUAUUGCCAAAUUAUAAGAACAUUGACACUAAUGCAGAGGAAUUUACUGAAUAUUUUAGUUCAGAAUUCAGCCUAUGAUGUUAUAACCACAAGAUAUUUUAAAUCAAUUAGUUUAUAAGCAUACUGUCACAUUUUGAAAUCACCUUUUCAUAAUCUUGUGGUUUUACAGAGCCUUAUUUUAUAGAUACCAUGAUAAGUAAUGAAUUUAAAUUGUUUCCCAUUCUUUCUUCCUCAGUUCAUUUCUUAUCUUCCCACUAAUAGUCUUUGGCAGCUCUUGAAUAAAUUCUACCUGUAGAUAUCAAGGGAAGAAAAUUAGCCCAGAAGUUUUCAUCUUUAGACAAAGUCAAUUAUAUAAAAGUUCUAUUAUGAACUCUAGGUGAAAGAAUCAGGACACCCAUUGGGGUGAGUUUUUGGUAACAACCAAAAAAGGGAGAGGGGUAUUGUUGAUAUUUUUCUUGAUAUUUAGUACAGUAAGUCCCCUACACACGAACCUUCAAUUUGUGAACUUUCAAAGAUGCGAACAUGCAUUUGGUUCCAGCAAGGAACCCGAACCUGUGCCAUCAGCAUCAGGCGUGAGUGACAUUGCAGCUCGCCCUCCAUCUCCUAUUGCUGACGAUCCUUCAGCUCUACCAUCUCCCACCUCUUCUCCCUCCUCCAGUCAGUAACUCUUUUUGCCUGUUCACUCGAUGCCAGCCCCUGUAUGCCAGCUGUUGUACUGUACUACUGUACUUUUCAAGGUACUGUACUUAAGAUUAAAAAUGUUUUCUUUAUUUUUUUAUUUGUUUUUUAUGUAUUAUUUGUGUGAAAAGUAUUAUAAACCUAUUACAGUACAGUACUAUAUAGCCAAUUGUGUUAGUUGGGUACCUAGGCUAACUUUGUUAGACUUAACGAAAAAACUAGACUUAAUGAACAUGCUCUCCAAACAGAACUUGUUCGAAUAUAGGGGACUUACUGUAUUUACUAUAAGUCAGGUAAGCCAAAUGACCCAGCAAAUUAGUUUAAGGGUUUCAUUUUAAUCUCAAAGAUUCUGAUUCUUAUCCGUGUCAUUAGUUUAGUUUGGAAUAUUUGGUAUAGCAUGUUUGAGGAGAAUGUUCAUUAAAAUGGAAAAAAUAAACAGCUGAAAAUUUCCAGAAUACUAAGCAAAUAUUGUUCAUAAUCAGAAUACCUACCUUCCUGGGAUGUUUGUAAGGUGCUGUACCUCUUUUUACAUGCUCCUGAAUCUCCUUCUUCAGUUGUUCUUGAUCGUUUGACUUCUAAUCAGGGUUCAGAACAAUAAAAGCCUUUACUACCUAAAAUAAAUAUUUGAACACCAGGAAGAUGAGUUGUAUAUUCUUAUGUUUUAGUGUGUCUUUUCUUUCUCUUAACUUGGGAAUCUAAUCUAAAUACCUGAUGCAGUGGGCCACAGGGUUUAUUAGGGUCUGAUCCCAGCUCUAUGCCCUUAAGCCAGCCAGUUGGCUCCCACACCUAGAUUUUGUAUCUAAUACGAGAGCUUCUGGAACCCCUGCUUUGAUUAUGAUCUAUACGUGAACCUCAUCUAACUACAUCUUAAACUCUACUUUCUGACCUGUUUCUGAUCAUCUCUGCUCUUGACUUCGUGCCUCAUCUUUUAUCUCCUUCAAAAAAGUUUUCUUUUGGAAACUUGGUAAUGCACUAAGCACAGUCUUUUAUAUAACAACCCAGGCUGAUAUAGUCUAGCUCAUAGGUCACCACCCUCAGUGUGGCCCUAAUAAACAGUAUUCUCAUGGGUUUGCCAUAUCCUUAUUGAAGGGAAUAGUUCACUGAGUGAGACCGUCCACUCUUUAUUCCAUAGACAUUUCUGUUGAUGCGAGGCUAUGAAGAUUCCAGCAGUCACUUUGCUAUUGCUCUGACCCAUUUACCUGGCCUUCAGUGAUAAGGGUAAAAGUGGUGAUGGUCCUUGCUUUAUAAUUGGCAGAAGACAGGGAAGAAUUCAUCACUUCGUGCUCACAAAUCCUGUUCCCCAAAGUUCACCCUUCCCUGAAAUGUUUUAGAAAAUCCUGCCCAGAAAUUUUGGACCUUUACUGGAGAAGACAGAGGCCGUUCCUCAUGUGUAGUCCCCUUCAAGAGUGUAUUGGAAUUCUAAAUGUUCCCUCCUGGGGCACUGCCAGCACUGCGAUUUACUGCCUUCCCUAGAGGCAGAACUCUAGGUGAGUCAAUUAGUAUGCACCACCAAAUCCAGAAUACCAGCCUAGGGUUUGCCAUGGAAUGAUGCUGCCUUGUGGGCAUAGUUCAGGAGAGUCACCUGUAAAUUUUAUGAUUAAAUAUUUAGCACUUAAGAGGCUUAAAUCUUUUUGAAUUCACAGAUUCAUGUAUAUAGCUUGAAGAUAAGUUGGCAACAUUACCUAUCUACCUUGGUCUGGAAGUAAAUAGUUGAUCAAAAAUGGAUUAUUUGAGAGACUAAGUCACUCAGGACAACUAGUUAGUGAGAAGUGAAGACUUGCAGUUAUAAAAUUUUCACAUUUUGGUCAUUGCUUACCAGUGUGCAGUUUUACAACAUUUUAUGAGCAGUUGUUUCUGUCUUUACCAAAACACCUUGAAAAUUUCUAAAUUACAUGUGCCAUGGAGCAGUUGUGUGUGUAUGCAUGUAUAUAAUUUUAUCCUAUCCAUUUUUUGACAUUUCAUAGAAUUUAUUUGUAUUUAUGCCUGCUCUA